AACGGUACCAAGAUAAACUGUCUUAGUGCUUACAGACAACAAACUGACAUUUAAUUUUUGUUUUUAUAAAAUAUUUACUUUUUAGCCAAUAAUUUAAAUGUUGGAAAUAAUUUUUAUAUUCAAAAAUGUCCGUGGCAAAAGAUAAUCAAAAACCAUCCUCACAUUCUAAUUCGUUAUGGUGGUUAACAUUUAUAAUUAUUGUUUCAAUUACUUUUGCGACCCGAUUUUAUAAAGUCACUGAACCUGAUCAUGUUUGCUGGGAUGAAACGCAUUUUGGUAAAAUGGGUAGCUGGUACAUCAAUAGAACAUUUUUCUUCGAUGUCCAUCCACCAUUAGGAAAAAUGUUAAUUGCCUUAUCUGGAUAUUUAACGGGGUAUGAUGGAAAAUUUGCUUUUGAUAAACCGGGUGAUAAAUAUGAAGACACAAAUUAUGUUGGAAUGAGAGUUUUUUGUACUGCUUUAGGAGCUAGUAUUGUUCCUAUGGCAUACUUAAUUGUUUGGGAAUGUACACAAUCCAUAUCAUCAGCGUUUUUUGCGGCUUUAUUAAUAUUAUUCGAUGUUGGUCUCCUAACUUUGACCCAAUAUAUUUUAUUAGAUCCAUUAUUGCUAUGCUUUAUGAUGGGUUCAGUACUUGGUAUGGUAAAAGUUUCAUCAAAAACUCAAUCUGGGGACGUCUUCCAAUGGAAUUGGUGGGGUUGGUUAUUAUUUACUGGCACAAUGUUAGCAUUGUGUAUUUCAGUGAAAUUUGUUGGUUUAUUUGUAAUUUUAUUAGUUGGAUUAUUUACAAUAUCGGAUUUAUGGCGUGAUUUUGGCGAUUUAUCAAAACCAGUGAUAUUUACUGUAAAACAAUUAUUUGCUCGAGCUUUAUGUUUGAUAAUUUGGCCAGCAUUAGUAUAUAUGUUAAUAUUCUAUAUUCACCUGAGAGUUUUAAAUAAAAGUGGUAAUGGAGAUGGUUUCUAUAGUUCAGCAUUUCAAUCACAGUUAGAAGGUAAUGGCUUGCACGGAAGUAGUAUGCCGUUAUAUGUUGGUUACGGAGCUGUUGUAACAAUUAAAAAUCAACGUACUGGAGGGGGCUAUUUACAUUCACAUCCACAUUUAUAUCCAGCAGGGGUUGGAGCACGCCAGCAACAGAUAACAACGUAUACUCAUAAAGAUGAUAACAACAAAUGGUUGAUUAAAAAAUAUAAUACAGAUACUUUGAGUGAUGAUGUUGAAUUAGUGAAGAAUGGUGAUUUAGUUCGUCUAGAACAUGUGACAACAAAACGUAAUUUGCAUUCACAUCGACUUCCUGCUCCCUUAACAAAAAAAUUUUAUCAAGUUACUGGAUAUGGUGAGGCUGGUAUUGGUGACGCAAACGAUGUAUGGAAAAUUAUAGUUGAUGGCGAAAAAGGCGAUGAUGGGAAAAUUUAUACAGUUAAAUCAAAAAUACAUUUUGUGCAUUAUUUAUUAGCUUGUGCCUUAACUGUUAGUGGGAAACAAUUACCAAAAUGGGGUUACGAACAACAAGAAGUUGCAUGUAAUCCAAAUUUGCGGGAUCCAAGUGCUGUAUGGAAUGUUGAAGAGAAUAUUUUUCCAAAAUUACCAAAUGUUAGCUUUAGUGUGUAUGCGCCGAGUUUUCUCGAACGUUUCAUCGAAUCGCAUGCAGUUAUGUUUCAAGGUAACGCUGGAUUAAAACCCAAAGAAGGUGAAGUUACAUCCCGUCCAUGGCAAUGGCCAAUUAAUUACAGGGGUCAAUUUUUUUCGGGGUCAUCACACCGUGUAUACUUAUUGGGUAAUCCAAUAAUAUGGUGGGGAAAUUUAAUAUUUUUGACAUUGUUCUUAAUCAUUUUCAUUAUAAAUAUUGUUAAAGAACAACGGAGAAAACAUCAAAAUAAUAACAAAGUUUUAACAUCAAAACCGAAGUUAAUGACUGCUGUAUGGCUCUUUGUGGGAUGGAUAUUACAUUAUGUGCCAUUUUGGGCAAUGGGUCGUGUUCUAUAUUUUCAUCACUAUUUUCCGGCUUUAUUAUUUAGUUCAAUGCUAACAGGUGUUAUGUUAGAUUACAUAAUUAGUGGAAUUAUUGAUUUAAUACCAAAUGAUUACAAAUAUCUAAUAAAUCAUACAAUAAAAGGUAGUUUAGUGGCAGCAUUAUCAUAUAGUUUUAUUAUAUUUUCACCAUUAUCGUAUGGUAUGAAUGGUCCCACGGCAUCCGAAACAAAUUCAAGUAUGCACCGACUUAAAUGGCUUGAUACAUGGGAAUUUUAA